CUCAUAUUACUCAUAUCCACUAGGGGGCAUAUUCACAUGGUAUCUUGGGAUUGCUAUGAUGUACUGUGAUGCACUAAAUACUUUCCAGAAGCCAGCAUGAUAAAAAUUCUAGAUGAACACCAGCGGGGAGGAGGGGGGGGGGGGGCAGUAAACGCACUUAGUGAUGAAAUCAAACGUGGAUAUUAUGUUUGUUACUCAGUUGGUUCCAUUCCCCGUUUUUUCCUUCCUCUCCCAGGGCAUCAGAGGAGAAGGAGAAGGAGGGGCUGUGGGAGCCGCUGCCACUGUGCCGCUUCUGAAUCUCACCUCCUCCACAACCCCUUUAGCGCCUCUCAUCCCGCAACUUGUCCCGCAUGGCGAAAGGUGCGCGAACCCCGCCUUGAAACCUGCUUAAAAAAAAAAAGUACCGGUGGUUGAGAAGAAAUGUGAUCGGAGCCGCUCGGAUCCCCGUUUGAGUGGACCGUGAGGGGCGUCGCUGGUGUUGUUUGCAAUUGGUGACUGCAGAAACAACACAAACGUGUCGGCAGACCGCCGCUUACUGGUGCGCUUCUUUUUUUUCUUUUUUUUUUUCCUUUUUUUAAUGGAAAGGAUGAAUGUGAACGAAAUCGCUGCUGGCUUUCCUUUCCUUCGCUGAAACGAGUGCCUUGAUGGCUAACUUCAAACUGUAGACAUUUCAAAGUCACUAAGGUGAAGACGGGGAUUGAUUGAUGAAUUGAUCGCAUUUUUGUUUUUCUGCUUGAGAAGAAGGAAUUCAUGCGUCGCUAGCUGAAGGGAUCAAUAUGCCAGAAUGUGUCCUGUACAAUAUUUGCUUCUCUGUGGACUUCUGUUCGUCAAAAAGAGCAAUGGGUCUCGUCUUCGCCAGGAAGACUCCCCUCCUCGCAUUGUUGAGCACCCCUCUGACCUGAUUGUGUCUAAGGGGGAACCAGCCACUCUCAACUGCAAGGCAGAGGGCCGCCCAGCCCCUACGGUGGAAUGGUACAAGGACGGGGAGCGCGUUGAGACGGACCGCGACAAUCCUCGCUCGCACCGCAUGCUGCUGCCCAGGGGCUCCCUCUUCUUCCUACGCAUCGUCCACGGACGGAGAAGCAAACCAGACGAUGGCAGCUACGUGUGCGUGGCCCGUAACUAUCUGGGGGAGGCCGUGAGCCGAAACGCAUCUCUAGAAGUAGCACUGUUACGAGAUGACUUCAGACAGAACCCGCAGGAUGUGAUCGUGGCCGUUGGAGAGACGGCCACGCUGGAGUGUCAGCCACCACGUGGGCAUCCUGAGCCCACCACCUACUGGAAGAAAGACAAGGGUCGUCUUGAUCUUAAAGAUGAAAGGAUCAUGGUUCGUGGAGGAAAACUGACCAUUUCCAACACACAAAAGACUGAUGUCGGGAUUUAUGUGUGCGUAGCUACCAACAUGGUCGGCGAGAGGGAGAGUGAAAAGGCUCAACUCUCCGUGUUUGAGAGACCGGUGUUUGUGCAGCGGCCAGUGAACCAAGUGGUCUUAGUGGAUGAGAGUGUGGAGUUCAGGUGUCAGGUCCACGGUGACCCGCCUCCAACUCUGCGUUGGAAAAAGGAGGAUGCGGAUAUUCCCCGUGGCAGGUAUGACAUCAGAUAUGAAAAAGAGGAUCUUUUGCUGAGGAUAAAGAAAGCCGCCGUGAGCGAUCAGGGGACCUUCACCUGCCUCGCCGAGAACCGCGUGGGCAAAGUGGAGGCUUCCGCUUACUUGACUAUCAGAGUUCGCCCCGUUGAGGCGCCCCAGUUUGUGGUGCGACCCCGUGACCAAAUUGUGGCUCAAGGACGAACGGCGACCUUUCCCUGUGAGACCAAAGGCAAACCUCAACCCACCGUGUUCUGGCAACGAGAUGGCAGCCAGGAUCUUCUGUUUCCCAGCCAGCCAACACAAGGCGACAGUCGUGUGUCUGUGUCUGUGAAUGGAGAGUUGACCAUUUCAUCAGUGCAGCGUUCAGACGCAGGCUAUUAUAUCUGCCAGGCCCUCACUGUAGCAGGCAGCAUCUUGGCCAAAGCCCAGCUGGAGGUGGCAGACGCCCUGAAGGACCGCCCACCGCCAAUCAUCCGUCAGGGCCCCUACAACCAAACACAGGCAUUAGGGAGCGUGACAACGCUCAGGUGUCAGGCUUCAGGAGACCCACAACCCACAAUUACCUGGCGAAAGAACGGGAUCGGUCUGCUAGGAAAAGACUCUCGGUUUUCCCUGCUGGAACAUGGCAGCCUUCAAAUACAAAGUGCCAAGCUGUCUGAUUCUGGCUUAUACACGUGCGUGGCCUCCAGCUCCAGUGGAGAAACAUCAUGGAGUGCUUACUUGGAUAUCACAGAUUCCACAGACCCCAUUGACUUCCUGUCUAACAACCUGACAGCCCUACCGGGGCCGCCCUCCAAGCCAGAGGUCACUGAUGUGACCAAGAGCAGCAUCUCGUUGUCAUGGGAACCGGGGCCAGAGGCUGGCUCCCCGGUGUCCUCCUAUGUCAUUGAGGCCUUUGGUCAGUCAGUCAGUAACAGCUGGCAGACUGUGGCAGACCAUGUGAAGACCACCGAGUUCACCGUCAAUGACCUACGGCCCAAUACUGUCUACCUGUUCAUUAUCAGGGCAGUCAGUGGUCAAGGGCUAGGAGACCCGAGCCCCAUGUCAGAGCCCGUGCGGACACAAGACAUUAGUCCCACUGCGCAGGGAGUGGACCAUCGACAUGUACAGAAGGAGUUGGGGGACGUGGUGGUCAGCAUGCAUAACCCCGUCGUUCUCAGCUCCACUUCAGUGCAAGUCACGUGGACUGUGGACAAUCCAUCCCGAUUUAUUCAAGGCUACCGUGUUCUGUACCGGCAGACAUCUGGGCUGCCUUCUCCGGGACCAUGGCAGAUCGAGGACUUAAAAGUCUCCUCACAGAGGGACAUGACUCUCUUGGGCCUGAAGAAAGGAAUUGUCUAUGAGAUUAAAGUGCGACCAUACUUUAAUGAGUUUCAGGGCGCAGACAGUGAAUCCAUGACGGCACGGACUAUGGAAGAAGCACCCAGUGCACCCCCACAGCAAGUGACAGUGUUGACGGUAGGAAGCAGUAAUAGCACCUCCAUCAGCGUGUCAUGGGACCCUCCACCCUCUGACCAACAAAAUGGCAUCAUCCAGGAAUACAAGAUCUGGUGUUUGGCUAACGAAACCCAGUUUCAUGUCAAUAAGUCUGUGGAUGCAACCAUCCGUUCAGUGGUCGUCGGGGGUCUGCAGGCUGGGGUGCAGUACCGCGUGGAGGUAGCUGCAAGCACCAGUGCAGGAGUGGGGGUCAAUAGCGCACCCCAGCUCAUCACCUUGGGUGCAGAACAGAGGGAUGUAAUGACAGGAUCGGAGGGCAACAAUAGCAUCUCAGAUGUGGUGAAACAGCCGGCCUUCAUCGCGGGUUUGGGCGGAGCCUGUUGGAUUGUUCUCAUGGGCUUCAGUGCCUGGCUGUACUGGAGGAGAAAAAAGAGGAAGGGACUCAGCAACUAUGCAGUUCAAUCGUUCACGUUCACCCGAGCAGUGACAUUCCAAAGAGACAGAGGUCUAAUCAGAAAUGGAAGCCGUCCGGGGCUGUUGAAAGCGGGUGACCCUGGCCUACCCUGGCUGGCGGAUUCAUGGCCCUCCACAAGCCUUCCGGCCAACGGAGCAUUGGGGAGUCCGAAAGGCAGCAGUAACUUUGGCCGAGGAGAUGUAUUGCCAUCUGCAGCGGUGGAGAAGACGGGCACCAUGCUGUCAGAUGGGGCCAUCUAUAGCAGUAUUGACUUCAUGGGGAAGGGCGGUUACAGCAGCUCGGCGCAAGAUAGCCAGCCCACCCCCUACGCCACCACUCAGAUACUCCAGUCUAACAGCUUCCACGAGUUGGCUGUAGACAGACCGGAUCCCCGCUGGAAGGCUUCUCUGCAGGCCCAACAGGAAAUGGCCAACCUGGGCUACUCGCUAACUGAUAGACGCGCUGCCACUGGUGCAAAGGUAGGGAAGAAAAAGAAGAUGAAGGGUGGAACAAAGACCCCUAAAUCAAAUGGGACAUGUUGGGCCAAUGUGCCCCUGCCUCCACCACCUAUGCACCCUCUGCCUGGUACUGAGGUUGACCUUGACCAUUACCCCCAGGAAAGCCACAGAGGAGGGUACGACAACAACAGUUGGGCCCCGCCUCUCUCGCUCCCGUCCUACCGCCACCAGAGUUUGGACAAUGACGCUGACGAAGAGAGGGGACCUACUCCACCUCUCAGAGGAAGAGCUUCCUCGCCGGCAACAGCAGCAUCUUACAACCAGCCUUCAUCAUCAUCUCUCAGCUCAGCCCACCAUGAGGAAAUGCAGUCUAUUUUGCAGGCCCAUUUGGAUGAGCUGACCAGAGCUUACCAGUAUGAAGUAGCCAAGCAAGCAUGGCAGAUGAAGAGCAAUACAAACAUGUCCAGCACUGCCAUUCCUCCAAUGGACUUCAUGUCUUCAACGCUGGGCUCAGACUUGGGAGACACCCGCCUCUCUGAGGAGGAGGAGGAAAGAUAUGCUAUGGUGUCAAAGAAUUUGUGUGGCUUUGAUUACGGUCCUGGACACACGAUGGAUAACCUUGAGGUCUCAGGUAAAGGUGCACAGUUGUGUCGUUCAGACAGCUCUGGUACUACAGAUCGUAGUGCGCAGAACACACAUAGCCUCGGUCACAAGAGGGCGCCGCUAACUGGCCUCAAAUCGCAGACAAACAAGGUUGGAACACUGCCCAGACGAAAAGACACCAAUCAAGAAGUAAGGGGCCUUCAUAGCAACGGUUCCCGUAUGAACAGCUCAUGGGCCAGUGCAGCCUCAGACCCUUCAGAGGAGUGCAUGGUGACCGUCUCCACGCUAGAGCGGCAACAUAUGGGUUCCUGGGGCGACACCUCCACAUCCAACAGGGCCACGCUCAGUCGGGCUUCCCACAAGAGACCUGCCGCCGAGACCUCCCACAAUGGGCAUCUUCUCACAAACAGCAAAGAGAAAAGGGAUCACUAGUCCGUUGGAUACACGCUCCUGGACGCCUUGUUUCAAAGUGCUCUGAGAUUGUCUCUCUCUGAGUGAAUCGGAAUGAUGAUCGGACACUGGAGAGGAGACAGAUUGAAGUCAAAGGAACAUGCAAAUGAAAAUGCUGAGCUGUAAAUGUCAUGUACAGGACACAGACACCAGUCUCACAGUGUUUCCUUCAUACCCCCUAUUAAGUCAACUGUAUUGCCACUGCUCUUAGAGAUCACUCUGUGUACAACAAUUCACACAGAGCAAGUGAAGAAGCAAAAUCACAACAAAAUGCCGAAUUAAAAUGAACAAAGGACUUCAUAAUGUGUAAAUAUAUUUUGUAUCUCCACACUUGUCUUUUGCUUUGCUAUGCAAGAUACUGUAAGAUUUUUUUUAAAAUAUUAUUUAUGACAGUGACUCAUUUUUCAUUGGCGCUCAAACCAUUUGCUUAUCUUGCUGAAUCUAAUGUAUUGUUAUACUUUGCACAGAGCGUUUUGGUGAAAACAAGCACAAACUACAUUCUCAGCAAAGCCGAAGAGAAGAAUCAUAAUGUUGGGAAUACUUACUGGGCUGUGCUGCAGUUGUUUCCCAAACAUCCCAAACUGUACGUUGAGAAUUAAGAAGGGAGCAACACAGGUGAUAACGUGGUUGUAGUAAGGCAAGAAAACUGUGUUAUGUACUAUUUGCUGUGAAUUUUAUUCUGCAUUAUACUAACAAAGACUCCUUGCAAACAGUUCCACAUCUAUGUUUAAAAAAAAAUUAAAUAAAGUGACACAUCGCCCGUGAUCUCCAAAGCAAGGCAAAUAGGUACCGUAUGUGUCACUUCACUCCUAUUCCUCUAAAAUAUGUUAAUAUCAUAUACAGUAUAUAUAUUUAUUACUUUUUGUAAUUCAUUGUCAAUUGCAUACAAUGAUAUACGAACAGUGCAAUAUUCAAAAUAAAUGGCCACCAUCCAGUAAAUAGUAAAGAUCUGUUUUAAAUACGAGACCUUCAAAGGCAAUCUGUUCGGUUCUGCUGGCUGACAAUGAUGUCAGCAAGCAGAUGUUUCCCAAUGAAAUUAGUGUUUGGAUGACUUUGUUCUAGAGACAAAUCCGCGCGCAUCAUUAACGUUUUAUAAAUUGCACGUAUUGCUCUGUUUGCAAUGCCUUAAUUGGGUAAAAUAAUCUAAUAAUUGUUUAAUCAGCAAGUGUAAAUUAAGUCUUGACGAUAAUAUAGCCUUUUUUUGUAGACUUAUCCCAAUUCCGAUAUUUGGCAGAAAAAAAAAUCAGAUAACCACCUAUUUGGCCAAUUUGAAAAAAAAAUCUAAUGAAUAAAAUACGGUAAUUGAUUUUUGGGCCCCGUGAUGCUUACAAAAAUAAAAAUGUGAAAAACAGGCAGAAUAUUUUAAUGUUUUUACUUUACUUUGUUAGUAUAUACUAAGUUUAACUUUACGACAGGGAGAAAGAUUUGCUAAAAAUUGGUGUGGGGUGUUUGAAUGUCUUUGUCUUAUGUUGUAGGUGUUCAUGUACCUUUAAAAAAACUAAACACAAUCGUCACGUAUCGGAAAAAAAUUAAAUAAAACAAUGCUAAAUGUUGCCAAUUUUAAAAUAUCGGCUGAUUUAAUUAUCCGACUGCUUAAUCGCUGGAGUUCUAGUGUAAAUCAACCAAACACUAAUGUGUAUACACCCCAAUUCCUGAGAAGUUGAGACUGUAAAACAGGAAUAAAAUCAGAAUACAAUGAUUUGCAAGUCCUCUUCAGUCUCUCUUCAACUGAAAACAUGACAAAGACAAGCUAUUAAAUGUUAAAACUGCGAAACGUUUAUUGUUGUUUUGCAAAUACAGUAUCCACUCUCUUUGAAUUUGAUGCCUGCGACACAUUCCAAAAAAAGGCGGCACAGGGGUAUGUCGACCACGGUUUUACAUCAUCUUUCCUUUUUAAAUCACUCACUGACCCUUUUGGAACUGAGACCACUAAUUGUUGAAGCUUUGUAGGUGGAAUGCUUUUCAAUUCUUGCCUGAUGUACAAUUUAAGUUGCUGAACAGUCCCGGGUCUCCAUUGUCGUAUUUUGCGCUUCAUAAUGUCCCACAUUUUCAAUGGGAUACCGGUCUGCACUGCUUGGGAAAGUUGAAUUUCCACUGUCGGAUUUUGUAGGAAUUUUUACAAAAGGAGAAUUUUCCAAUUUGAAAGUAAAGUAAAAUUUUUGUCCGAUUUUUGUCUAAAUUUCGAAAACAAACAUCUAGUACUUUGAUGUUACGAGUCAUAUGAAGAUUCAUUUGUGGUUCCAUGGAUUGCUAGUAUCACCACAAAAAUAACAGGAUUCAUAUAUAUAUAUAUAUAUAUAUAUAUAUAUAUAUAUAUAUAUGUAUAUAUAUACGGAAGAGGAUUAGGGCCAAUGAAGAAAAAAAAAACAUAACUUCUUUCUUUGUUAUUUUGCCCAAGAUACAACAAUAUGUUUUUGUAUCGUUAAUUCUGGAAAUGGCUUCCCAACCAAGGAAUCUUCCUUCACCUGCCAGACUGGUUUGCCCUCAGGAAUACACAUUCACCCACAGCAGGGCCAAUUUUCAAUCCUAUCAUGCUAAAUAAAAUGUGUAUGUGAAAAUGA